UUUUUGGUGCAUUACUGCCAUCAACUGUCAGUCAUUGGAAUAACAUGAAACAAUGGCCAGAUGUGAAUUACUCCAACGGCUUGUGUGCACAAUACAAACAAAAUGAGGACCCAUGCAUUCAAACAGAGCUAUGUUGGUCAGAGAAUCCACAAAUUUAAGGACGCCAUUUGUCAUUAUUUAUAUUUUGCUGACAUUAUGAAUGAUUUUAAUGGAAAUAAGUUUACAUAGUUGCAGGUCUACCCAACAGUAGCUGCCCUAAAAAACAGCAGUAGAAAGAGCAGUAGUAUUAUACUGUAGUGUAUACCUUUAGUGAGUCAUUGUACUGAAUGUGAUUCUUCGAUAACCGUAACCGUCCUGUACCGAAGGUUAAAGGUUUUGUAAACAGAAUCUAAGUAUAGCUCGUCAAACACAUUGCUCUUCCAAAGGUCUGGCAUGGAAAGAAAAAAAAAAAACACCACACCAAACAGCGCUCGACUUGUUCUGAGCCGAAAAGUACAUGACAGAAGGGUAGUAGUAGAGUAGUACAGUGCGCUCUUACGUUACUUUGACAAUAUAGACGUGUUUUUGAGGUUGGCCUUCACACUGGAACAUCUUUUUUCUUUUUUUCUUCGCCACCUGAACAUGAAGGCCUUCCAGGUCCUGUUUGUGCUCUGUCUGAACGCUGCGGCGGCUGAAGGCCAGUCUUUCCACCCUGGCAGCUGCCCCCGGCCAUCUGUUCAAGAGGGCUUCAACGUUACAAAGUAUAUGGGCACCUGGUUUGAAAUAGAGAAGCUGCCAGCUGCAUUUGAAAGAGGGAAAUGCAACCAAGCCACAUAUACUCUCCUCGCUGACGGGACGGUCAACGUUCGCAACGCAGAGUUGCUGUCUAAUGGAAAGAUAAAUUCAAUCGAGGGUGUUGCCAAAGUUAAAAACGCAUCUCAACCUGCCAUUCUGGGUGUCAGCUUCUUUAAAGGUGUUCCAGAUGCUCCCUACUGGGUCCUCUCCACAGACUACCAGUCGUACGCUGUGGUGUACUCCUGCUCAGACUACUUUGGCCUUCUCCACAUUGACUUUGCCUGGAUCCUGGCUCGCACUCGGGCGCUGGCCGAGGACGUCACCAGCCAGCUGCGUGCGGAGCUGGCUGCUGCUGCUGGUGUAAACUUAAGCCGCCUUACGGUCACCAAACAGACCGGUUGUGACGUCAUGACCCGGGGCAUGGUCAGCAAAACGAAAACAGGGGAACAGGUUUGAACUCCAGUGGAAAUGCCAGUAUGGUAUGGUGUAGGAUAAUAAUUUUUGUGUACUGUCUAAUGUGACGUUCAGGACAAUAUGUAGUGAUGCACCAGACAAAAACAACAUAUGCUAUUCUCUUCUCUUACAGACCUUUUUGUUUACAGCUUGUAAUAAAUAUGCAUUGUGUGCCUUUUUAAAGCUGUCACUGCUGUUUACGUUCAUGUGCAUAAUAAAAAAAAUAAAUAAAAUUUAAUUAAAGAAAAAAGGGUGUCAUCGUUUGAGAGAUUUACUUGCCAUACAUAGGCUUAGUGAAAUGAUCAUGUUCUUGCAGUUUAUUAUGUUGGGAGUUCCAGCUUUAAGACGCCUGUUUUUCCGGUCAAAUGUAAACACAAGAUGCCAAGUUUGGACUUGGCUCGUAGAAAUGUGGUAUUGGCAGGCCCACAUUUUAAGCACGUUAAUUUUUUUUUCAGUACUGUAAACCUCUAACCUGUGGGAAUCCUUUAUAUAUCCACGACUUGCUGAAUAAAAUAAAACGAAUCGAUGAAAACUGAUUGAAAACUGGGUGUUUAGAUUCAGCAUUUAUUUAAAUCCGUCAAUUGUAAUUGGUUCCCUUAAAUUUGUUUUCAUGGUUAUUUUGUUCAUUUUUUUCAAUAGUUACAUUUUAAAUAAUAAAAUUAAAAAAGGUCAGUUUUU